AUGUCGUUCCGGUCAAUUGUGCCUCCGCCCGACUUUUUAUCAAAAGCCGAGUUCAACAGACCUUGUGGUCGGUCACCAAAUAAAAUAUCUACUCUGCUAACUAAUGUGCAGCGAAGAAAUGUUCAAACACUUGCUCCAACGGAAUCUAAAGACCUAACAUUUUUUCAAAUGGCUGCUCAGGGUGAGCUGUUGUUGCUUCAAAGGGAAAUAGAAAAUCGAAACUUCAAUAUAGAUGUCUCAGAUAACCAGGGAUUUACUCCGCUGUUAUGGGCUUGUGCUAAUGGACAGAAAGCUGCAGUGGAGUUACUCGUUUUCUAUGGUGCAAAUAUCAUUCUAUCUGGAGAUAACGGAGAAACAGGACUGCUCCUAGCUGCUAGCCGCGGUCACUUUGAUGUGGUUCUUUACUUGCUCAAAGCUGGAUGCCCAGUAGACCUGUCUGACGAACUGUGCAAUACUGCGUUAAUGUUCGCAGCCUAUAACAAUAACGCCGCAAUCGUGUCUCUGUUACUCGAUUGGGGUGCUGAUAUUACUUCUAUAAAUGCAGAUGGGUGGACAGCACUGGAUUUUGCUAUACGACGAGGCUCACGUGCUAGCCAACGUAUAAUUGAGAAGCAUAUUUUAUCUCUGUUGCAAACUCAUUAGUUUUUCGAACCAAAGCGAUCGAAAAGUUUUUUCCAUGUUGGGAUGUACUUAUGUGGUCUCGUAUUUGUCAUCAUUUAAGCUCGAUAAGUUCCGGACAUUUUCACAUGCAUUGUAAAAUUGUCUGAACAUGUAUGUAUAAAUAAACGUAAAUUAAUCUUUUUUUAACCCACGUAGUACCGACUUAUUUGAUUUUUUCUUAACUGUGCGGUGAACAUGUCAGAUUACUGAAAUGUUUCGUACCGCGUAAUCAUCUGACAGAAAACGUCAUCUACGAGCGCGUGUUGAAUAUGUUAUCACUUGACUUACUCUCAUCUUUAAACUAGUCCAUCUAUUCGAACAACUGUGACAGAUUUUGAAGGCCAACAAAUGAUCGUUCAUGAGACCGAUGAGUGGGAACCAUAUUCGUUUGAUGCAGUAGGUAUGACUGGAUAUUCAGCAAACCAAAUAAUCCAAAAGUAC